AUGUCAUAUUUACAGCAAUGGACUACAAAAGAAGAAUCAAACUCCCUCAAACGCAAAGAAAUAGGUACAUCUCUUGCUGUUGAUAUACUUCGGGGACGCAGUUCCGGCCAGACGCAUUACACUAUCGGCUGUUUGACAGAACCGACAAGCGUUGAAUCGAGGAAAUACUUAAACAUUUUUUCUCUGGCCCCAAUUCAUUCUAAAGGAGCUGUUUUUGAGGAUAGCAUCGGAAGCAGAACUGCCUUAGAGCCGUUAAUUCCGAAAAAUAGCAGUCCGAUUCGAUCGAGACUUCCAUCUCCUCCAUUAUCAUCUUCACAAACUGGGUGCGGGCCCCUUUCUGCUGUUAAUGAGGAUAUAUUUCCGUCGCACAGUUAUCAGCGACGUCCAAGUAAUAUGGGCUGGAAUGGAGCAAGAGGCGUUGAUAACUGGCGAUUUGAAGGUGGCACGCUUUACGAAAAUCCCAUCAAUUGCCUUCUAAAUAGCGGCACAUCACUGACAGCUGCGGUGAAAAAAACUAAGGAGACGUCAAAUAAGAAUGAAUCCAUGAGCAGUGUAAUGGAUCCGAACUACAAAGACGUUAUUAUGCACCACUUUCUCCAGAACUAUGAAAAAGCCUCGGCUUCACUAGCGGCCCAACCAACGAGGGCGUACAUGUCGGCUGAUGAAGAGCCGUAUAAUUCUCAUCAUCGCCACCGGCACUACCCACCUAACAAAACAUUAAGUUUGAAACCACACCGUCAGCGUUCACCAUGGAAAAGCUUUGUGAAGGAGUCCACAAUUCCUGACCUACCUGUCGAUCCUCUGAAAACUCCUACUAAACCCAGUGGUCUUCGAUGCUCCAGUGGAGUGAAGAUAGUAUCACCGAAUCACCGUCGUAUUUACCUGGAAAAAUCGGUCACAUGGAAGGAUGACAAGCACCAAACUCAUCACCAGCAGCAUCAGCAGACGGCUGAAAAGGAGGCAGAACCUUCACUUGACUUGCAGGUUUCGCAAAUGGAUGAGUUGGUAUCGGUGUUAUCGGAUCUCUGUGAGGCUCUGGAACACUCCUCCAUUCUUAUGCCUUUGUUGAAACGGGAGACAUCGCCGGAAAACUGGACAACAACCGCUGCGCUAGCACCCUCAAGGGCUGCAGACGCUAGGCGAAGAAGUGUCGAGAUUGGACGCGAAUUGAAACAACUUGCUAUCCGCGCUGAAAAGGUUGUUGUAGAAGUGCGAGUAGUUUUCCUAAAAAUAGGAGAAAUUGACACUCUAAAAGAAUUCUACCAGGCAGAUGCCUUCUUGCAGGCCAAAUGGCACGAGCCGCGGUUGGAUGGAAAACUACCAGAGGAGUUAGGAACGGUUGAUUUAGAGAGGUAUUGGAAUCCACUGUGCUAUAUUGACAACAUUCUUUCCGAAACGAAGGAGGUUCAGUGGCUCUCCACAUCGAUUGGACAAAACGGGGAGGUUUACAUUGUUGAACGACGUCGCAUAAAAGGUGUCUUUUUGGAGACGCUUGAACUUAAUGAUUUUCCACUUGAUGUUCAAGAUCUUACAAUUACAGUCACAACUGAGAGACCUGACACAGAGGUGGACUUGAUUCCUGAUCACAACGAAAUGUCAGCCAUUAACAAGCAAACAUUUGUUGACCAGCAGGAGUGGAAGUUGCACGAGCAUGUCGAGAUUACGAAACGUGUCAUACGGCAGGAGUACUCUCGAUCUAUGAAGAGUCAUCCUUGUCUCUCUGUCACCUGCCGAGCAGCACGCAGACCGGGCUAUUUCUACUGGAAUGUCUUUCUUAUCAUGUUCAUGAUCUCGGGUUUAUCCUUCGCAACAUUUGCCGUGUCACCAGAUAAAGCCGAACUGCGUCUUCGUCUUUCCUUCACUCUCAUACUCACCUCAGUCACAUUUAAAUACGUCAUCACUCAGAGUCUACCACGAAUUUCCUAUCUCACCUACAUGGACAAGUAUGUACUGAUGUCGCUGGCAAUACUCUGUGUUAUCAGCAUCUGGCAUGCAGUCAUCGCAAUCCUCCCCAUAAACGUGAUGUCACCGUUGGACGAUAUAGCACUCCUGAACUCCUCGGCAGCCACAAUCAAUGUGUCUUCCACGAAUCCUAAUUUACUUUAUCAAACCCUCGCUGCAGCUCAUCCGUCCGCAUCUUCCGAACCCCACAAAGCGGUUCCUCAAUCUGUCCUUCUUGCUAUUUCGAAAACACAGCGACAGCGCCGAAUCUGGCAACCUCUCACCAAUGUUGAAGCGGGUGAUUUUUCAUCCAACCCUCUAGAAGCUAAUCAACGUAAUCAACUUUCUUUUCAUUUCUGUCUGCAUUCAUAUCCGCAUUCAUAUCUACAGUACUGUAUGCGCGGCCCAUUUUCGUUAAAAUAUUCGUCCUUUGUUGAACUCCUUGCUGUAGACGCUAGUCAUUCCAAAAAUCCUUGCUUCGACGGCCCAUCAAUUCCUUUCGUGGGAGCCGAAUCGCCUCCUUCAUCUUCAAAAAAUGGUGUUUCUCUUGGUGAUUUUACACUGAGCAAUGAAGCAGUGUCCCUCUACUUCCUCGCCCUCCUCCGUGCCUACAUGGAGGUACAGGACCGAGUGGAGUUGAGUCGGUUCCCUGACGCCCAGCAAAUUGAGGAGCAGCGAAGACUUGAAGUGAUGAAGCAUCUUGAACAGAAUGUUUUCAUCUCUUUCGCCGUACUCUACGUCGUCGUGCACUGCAUCUUCAUUUUCAUCCUCUACUUUGAUGUAUGUACAAUUUUAAACUAA